CUUAGACGUCGACAACAUCACCUAAACAUUCCAACAUGAUCGCUUUUAAGACAGCAACCAUCCUCCUCCUAGCCGCUCUAGCCAGCGCGCGCCCCUCCGACGAAUGGGAGCCUGAAGGCCACUCACACACGGAGCACACUAAACCUUACCACGUGACCGUCGUGAAGAAGAUCGGUGUCCCGAUCCCGCACCCGGUGGCGGUAUCCGUGCCGCAGUACGUGAAGAUACCGAUACCGCAGCCCUACCCAGUCCAUGUGACCGUGGAGCAACCGAUCCACGUUCCUGUUUACAAGGUUGUCCCUCAAAUCGUGGAGAAGCCAGUACCUUACACCGUUGAGAAGCCUGUACCUUAUGAGGUUGAAAAGCCUUACCCCGUUGAGGUCGAAAAGAAGGUUGAGGUACCCAUCCCCAAACCUUACCCCGUCCAUGUGCCCGUCUACAAGCACAUCUACCACCACAAAGGAGGCAAGCACUAAAUACAGGAACCUAAAACGGAACAUUCAUU